UUCUUCAUCAACCCCCUUCUUCUUCUCCCCCUUCUUCUUCAUGCCAACCUCUUCUUCCACAUCCAUCCACCUCUCCUCCUCCCACUCCAUUAACAGAGCAAGAACAAACUCCAUGAGAUCACAUCCUGAACCACCCAAAUCUUCUCCCCAAUCCAACGGCUCCUCAAGAAAGAAGGAGACAAAGGCUUCCAACGCCGCCGUAAGAUACACCGAGUGCCGGAAAAACCACGCCGCCAGCAUCGGAGGCUACGCCGUCGACGGCUGUCGUGAGUUCAUGGCUUCCGGCGAGGAGGGCACCGCCGCCGCCCUCCGCUGCGCCGCCUGCAACUGCCAUCGUAGCUUCCACAAACGGGAAGUCGACGACGAACCUCCCCAUCUCUGUGACUACUCCUCCACCUCCUCCUCCUCCCACCGGUGAUCCCCAGCCACCUAUCCAAUUAUGAUUGCUUGAUUCCUUCAUCACUUGUGUUUGUCAGUAUAAAGAGAAAUGGUUAAUUCAUUAUAUUUAGGAUAUUUAUUAGUAUAAUUAAGCAUUGUUAAAUAAUUUUCUUAUAACAUUGAGAGAGUGAGUGGUUUCUUUCUUCCAUUUGAAGCUUUCCAUACUGUAGCAUUUGGUGUGUGUAUAUGGAUGAUAAGUACUAAAUGAGCUUAGCUAUGUAUUAAUCUAUAUUAAUCUGUAUUGAUUCUCACUCAGUAUCAGUUAUACAGAUCAAUUAAUAUGGACUAAUACGAAACAAGAGCACAGAUCCAAAGCACAGAAAAUUCAGAAGCUUUGCUCAUUUAACAAUUUCCUCCUGUUUUUGGUUGUUUCUGUAAGUGUUAGUGAUCAUGUAAGUGUCUUUGCUGUAUUGCCUUUACUGUCUUAUCUUGAAUUAUAAUUUGCAUAAAUAUUUUUUUUUUCAUGAAUUAAUUUAA